UGUUGGGGAAUUGUUCUAAAAAGAGUCGUCUUCGAGACUAAACAAGUACCUUUUUUCCUCCAGUAUAACCUUUUGACGUCAUCACGACUCCUGCAGGCAACACGCAUUCCGCACAUUUACUUGAGAAUUAACAGCAUCGCCGUGUUCUUUUGUUUUAUAAAGAAAUACAGGGACAAAAAUUGCAAGACAUGAGCAAACGUGAAGCUGAGGGAUGUGUGCAGAAAACUGCUGACAGUGCGCGUGAUCAUGAUUCGAAUGGCAACUCGCCCAUGCUUGCGUCCUUCAAAGUUUUCCAGCGGGAGCUUGACACCAAACACGACAAGCAUGAGCGUCUUGUGAAGAUCAGCCGAGACAUCACCAUAGAGAGCAAGAGGACCAUCUUUCUGUUGCACAGAGUCACCAGUCUCCCAAAUGUGGAAGACAUCCUAAAAGAUGCGGACGUAAAGCUUGAUGGAGUCAGACAGAAGAUCGGCCAAAUAGCAGAGGAGCUGACAGGAGAAGACAUCUAUCAGUUUCACAGAGCGUUUUCUGCAGGAAUCCAGGAGUACGUGGAGGCUGUCUCUUUCCAGCACUACAUUCGACAUCGAGCACUUAUCAGUCUGGAGGAGAUCAACGCCAGGCUGGUGUACUUGAAGACAGAGAAGCCUGAAGCCACGGAUGUGGAUGACCCUCUGGCGCAGGGAGCUCAGGUCCUCACCUUCCAUGUGACGCCCGCGGACUACCUGCUCGGUGUCGCCGACCUGACGGGAGAGCUCAUGCGCAUGUGCAUCGGCAGCGUGGGCAACGGCGACAUCGACACCCCCUUCCAGCUGAGCCAGUUCCUGCGGCAGAUCCACGACGGCUUCUCCCUCAUCGGUAACACCGGCCCCUAUGAGGUGUCCAAGAAGCUGCACACGCUGAAGCAGAGUCUGGGGAAGGUGGAGGACGCCUGCUACACGCUGCGGGUCCGCGGCUCCGAGAUCCCCAAACACAUGCUCGCUGACGUCUUCUCCAGCCGGAAUACACUAAUCGACCCGGAGGAUGGUGUGGUUUAGACCCGCUGCCGUGGGAGUUGUUCCUUUCAUUGUUGUGUCUAUGUGUCCUUUGCACUUGCCGAGAAGUUUGGAAACUUGUCCUAUGACUGUUGAGUUUUUAUUACAAUAAAAUUAUU